AUGGUGGUGACAGGAAAUGAUCAUGAAGAGGGAGAAGCACUACAGAAUUACUUGUCCAAAGAAUUUGAAAUGAAAGAUCUUGGUCCGUUGAAAUAUUUCCUUGGGGCAGAAGUGUCUCGAUCUGACAAAGGGAUCUUUCUAUCUCAGAGAAAGUAUGUCUUAGAUUUGUUGCAGGAAACUGGCAUGUUAGCAUGCCAACCUGCAAAUAUUUUAGUGGAGGACGGUUUGAAGUUGUAUAUCGAUUCUAAUCAAGUACCAGCUGAUAAAGGAAGAUACCAGAGACUCGUAGGGAAAUUGAUGUAUCUGGCACACACAAGGCCAGAUCUUACAUAUGCUCUGAGUAUUGUUAGUCAAUUUAUGCACAACCCUGGAGAACAACACAUGGGUGCGGUAAUGCGAAUCUUGAAGUAUUUGAAAUCUACUCCUGGAAAAGGAAUCUUGUUUUCCAAGAGUACUGAUCAUCACAAGGUUGAAGGAUAUACUGAUGCUGAUUGGGCUGGAGCAAUUGAUAACAGACGAUCCACCUCCGGCUAUUUCACCUUUGUAGGAAGUACUCUUGCCACUUUGAGAAGCAAGAAGCAGAAUGUUGUGGCACGCUCAAGUGCAGAAGCCAAGUAUCGAGGUAUGGCACUUGGUAUUUAUGAAGUAUUAUGGCUGAGACAGCUAUUAGAAGAUUUGGGGUAUCCAUCAAGACAACCAAUUCAAGUGUAUUAUGACAACAAGGGUGCCUGUGAUAUCGCUCACAAUUCAGUUCAACAUGCAUGA